AAUAGUGUGAUUUGAAUUAGAGUAUUUAGAGUCACAUUACUUUAGCCAACUUGUCUACUUCCAAGCAUGUCGUAUACUGCCAUGUUUAGCUGGACGCACAUAUAGCAACUCAAUUUUAACUACAUUUCGCAGAAACAGAAGCGCAUUUUACAGAUUUUGAAAGUUGCUCUGCCUGUUUUCAUGCUUGCUUACUAAUUCUAAAACUCAAACCCUCCAAAAAAAACAUCCAAAUUAAGAAGGAAGAAGGAAAAGCUCAUUCCAUAUGAUCUCCACCAUGGAAGACUCAACGUCCGGUUCGAGAAGGCGAGACGAGCCGGAGUUCAGCCUGAGAGAGUGGGCAGUGAAGGCCCGAAUCAGCCGCGAAAACCCGAAUUCCAGAAGGUUUUCAGCUUCCUAUAUUCCAAGCUUCAGAGAGGACACAAGGUCUUUCAGAUCAAACAUUACAAUCUCCAGCACUGCUUCUUCCCCUGGCUAUAACUUAAGAGAUGAAAUCGACCCGGCAACGUACUCAUUCACCACAGCCCUCAAAGCAUUGCAGGCAAGGUCAGCUUAUCAUAGUUGGGAAACGUUAUCACCAGAAGGGUUUGUUUUGAAUUCAAAGUGGAAUGAAGCAGAGAAAUACAUAUGCAACCCUCUAUCAGGGCAGGUUCCGAUGGAGUGUUUAUCUGCAAAAACACUUAGCGGAAGAUCGUUUCGCAACGCAACGAAUCGAUUCACAAUGUCUGCACCUCUUGUUUACUCUUCUCACACGAGACCAAUCCAUACAACCAACACUGCCAAGCCUUCUUCUAAUCCUACAAAAGAAGAUUUGGCUCCUCAAUUUCCAGUUCCAGCAAAGAAAACAGAGGGCAUGACUCGAGAUGUUGGGACUCAAAGCACUCCUCCUGAUUGGGGUUCAAGUAGUAGUCCUAGCUCUACUUCAACCCCUCCGAUCGUAGAGAGAUCGUUAAACCGAUUUCGAGGAGGAGAUUCGUCUAAAACAAGUGCAAAAUUAAAAUCUGACGACGAGCGAUGUGUUUAGGAUGAUAGGACAACUCAAUGAAGGCUGCAUUUUGUGGUUGGUGUCAUAAAAUUGAAGUAUUCCCUUCAAGGAGGGGACUAGCAGAUUGAAUUGGUCCCUCUUUGGUUUCGUGGGACAUGCCUAGCUUAGUUCUGUUUCCUCGAUAUUUUCCCCCAAGUGGCCCUGCUUUCCAACGGAAAGGGAUCCUCUCCGUCCCUUCCACCAAAUCCACCAAGUUCACAAAUUCGGGUCUUUUAAAUUUAAUUCAACGGUUACAAAUAGGAGCUCACUUUAAAAGUUAUAAUAACUUUAACCGUUGUAUCAAAUUUCAAAUGCCCGAAUUUAUGGCCUUCGUGGACUUGGUAGAAGGGCUCUGGAGAGGAUCUAUUUCCCCUUCCAGCACAUAAACUCUCCUCAGAAUAUCAUUUUGCCUCCAAUAAAAUGAAAAUGUUGGGUAGGGUAAGCUGUCAUGAAGUGUCUGGACCGUGUGGAUUAAGAGUUGUAUUUAUAAACGGUCCAAUAGUACUCAAAUACAGUUGGACUCGUUUUGUUUUAAUAAUGUCUGAUCAUUUAUUUGGCCAAGAUGUUCUUAGUUUUCCACUUACAUUAAAUGGGAAUAUUUAAGCUAUUCACGCACUAUUAUCAUAUAAGGUAGUACAUAAUUGAUUAGUAAUAUGAUACUGAGUUAUCUCUAUUGUAAUAAGGUUCUAUCGUGUCAUAGAAUAAGUUUCCAAACAAUUUGCAUGUCCACAAUUGUGUUCUUUUUCGACCACGUUCUUUUUGUUUUUGUGUGGCACCCUUAAGAUUCUUCAAUGCAAAUGUUAAAAAGGAUUCUUCACUUUUUCUCCUCCCUUUAAUCCUUGGGGUUCUCAGUGAAAGUGCCCCAUCACUGGUAUAUUGGUUCAUCUUUUUGGAAAAGAUAGCCAUGUGUUUCAGGGUUUGUUACUUGAUGAUUUUACUGUUUAAG